CCUCUUCUCCGACUCCACGCACCGCUCUACCCCUCCCCGGCCAAGCCUAGGGUUUAGCGGCCGCGCCUCUCCACCCGCCGCCGUCUCUCGCCACCACCCGAGCCUCCAAUGGAAGUCGACCCCGAACCUUCCGCGGAGAGCAAGCCCGUCGAGAUGGACCUCGAGGACCAGGCGGACGCAAAGGGGAAGGGCAUGGCCGGCUCCGAGGAGGCGAAGGGGAAGGGCGAGGAGCUCGCGGACUCCAUCGGGAACCUGUCCAUCGGCGCGGGGCGCACCAGCUUCAAGAAGAAGCCGGUGAUCAUCCUCGUCAUCGGCAUGGCUGGGACGGGGAAGACCACCUUCAUGCACCGUCUGGUGUGCCACAUGCAGGCAAAAUCGAACAUGAGGGGUUAUGUGCUCAACCUCGACCCGGCGGUGAUGACGCUGCCGUUCGGGGCCAACAUUGAUAUCCGCGACACUGUGCGGUACAAGGAGGUGAUGAAGGAGUACGGGCUUGGUCCCAAUGGCGGUAUCCUUACUUCGCUCAACCUGUUCUCAACCAAGUUUGAUGAGGUUAUAUCUGUUAUUGAAAGGCGAGCAGACCAGCUGGAUUAUGUUCUGGUUGACACCCCGGGGCAGAUUGAAAUCUUCACUUGGUCGGCUUCAGGAGCUAUCAUAACCGAAGCUUUCGCAUCAACAUUUCCAACGGUUGUUGCAUAUGUUGUUGACACUCCCAGGUCCACAAGCCCUGUAACAUUUAUGAGCAACAUGAUGUAUGCGUGCAGUAUCCUCUACAAGACCCGUUUGCCUCUGGUUCUGACAUUUAACAAGGUUGAUGUAGCUAAGCACGAGUUUGCUCUUGAGUGGAUGCAAGACUUUGAAGCAUUUCAGACAGCUUUGGAUUCCGACUCAUCGUACACCUCUUCAUUUACCCGAAGUCUCUCUCUUGUGUUGGAUGAAUUCUACAAGAACCUACGGUCUGUUGGAGUAUCCGCGGUAUCUGGUACUGGAGUUGAUGCAUUUUUUGAAGCUAUAGAAGCGAGCGCCAAUGAAUACAUGGAGACUUACAGGGCUGAUCUGGACAAGAGGAUUGCUGAAAAGGAGAGACUAGAGGCUGAGCGUAGAAAUGAGAACAUGGAAAGAUUGAGGAGAGAUAUGGAGAAGUCCAAAGGACAAACUGUGGUGCUCAGCACUGGUUUGAAGGACAAAAUUCCGUCUUCAGAAAUGAUGGGUGAUGUGGAUGAGGAGGAAGAAGAUGAGGCGUUGGAGGAUUUCAGGAUUUCUGAGGAUGAUGAUGAGGAGGAUGAAGUAGAAGAUGAUGAAGUGAAUCAUUUGGGCUAUUAAGGUGGUUGAACUGGAAAGGGCAUUUACUUUGGGUGUUCAGGAGAACCAGAUCAAGAGUGGUGUUUGUUUUCUAGAUAUUUCGGUGGAAAUGAAAUGCUGUUUGAUAUCACUAGGUGGCUGACUGUAAAUGAACUUGCACUUUGUCAAACUCGUACACGAGAUUGAGCUUGAAUCCCAUCGAUAAGCUGAAUUGUUCUUGUUUGGUGAUUCUUA